AUGCAUAACUCCAUGAACGGUAGUUCACUUUCCACGCAUCCGACGGAAGGGUUGUCUUACGAAUGCCUUCAUAGUCUUCUUGGGUUUCUUGUUCUGGCAGUCAAUGAAAUGCAGUUUAUGUCCCAAUCGGUGAACGAAUCCACAGUAAUAUCCUUUUGCACAACACUUGUAUUGCUUGUUCGCGACGCCCCUACAGACCACACACCAGCGCCUCCUCUUCACGCUCUUCACACUCCUCUCGAACUUCUUCUCCACGCUCUUCAACCUCUUCCUCCAGAAUCGUUCCUCACGUCGAGAGCGCUUCAACUCGUGCUUCAGUGCCCCGAAAGUGGCCUUCAGUUGGUUGCAGAGCGCCAAAUGGGUCCACGACUUGCACCCCUCCUCCCCCUCCCCCUCCACCACUCUAUUCCUGCGCUCCUCUGCUCCGAGUUCUUCAUCCCGGCGCUCGUCGUCCGCAUCCCUCACCCCAUCCACGAUGGCCUCAAACACGAGAUCCUUGCGAUGACACUCUGCCAUAGAGUCAGACAAACACUAUCACCACUUCUGGCCCGAGAGUCAGUCAUACGAACCGAGGGUGCAGUCGAUGCCGACGUCCCUGUGGGUGAUGAGCACCUCCUCCUCGAGCACCAGUGGUUUGGGCAGAAAUUUCUGCAGCAAUUGAUCCACAUUUGCGAUACCAUAGCCUCGAAGGUAUUCCUCUGCGAGCUGUCGCUUCUUCUCUUCGCGAAUCAACACGUCAUGGAAGUGAUGGCAGUGAUGACUGAAUGCAUACCUUUAUUGCUGAUGAGAUGCUUGCGGUCGAGAAACUCCUUCGGGAUCUUCACGGACCACAUGUUUGUGUCGCACGAACUGUCAGUCACUGUCAGAGUGUCACCAAUGGGUCACUCAUUCACUACUCAUUGCAGUUAUGUUCCAAUCACUCACUACUCGUCCACUCAUACGACCACUGCUUUCACUGUCAAUGCAUUCACCGCUCAUACACUCAUACAGGUGUCACAUAUGAUGAUCAUUCAGACGACAAUUAUUACAGACAAACACUUACAGCACGACAUAAGGCAACACCGUAAUGAUCGGUCGGUCAAUGUGUCUCAGCAUACAGUGCAAUUGUGCCAUAAAUGUGAGGCACCGGCGUAUGAUAAGCUACUGGUGCUCACAAUGCCCGGGAAGGUGAAGGUUCGGGUGUUGGCCGGACGUAAUCUGCCGGUGAUGGACAAGUCCAGCGACACGUCCGACGCUUUCGUCGAGGUGAAGUUAGGGAACACGACAUACAAGACGGAAGUGUAUCGCCGAUCGCUGAACCCCUUCUGGAACAGCGAGUGGUUCCGCUUCGAAGUGGAUGACGAGGAGCUACAGGACGAGCCCUUACAGAUCCGGGUCAUGGAUUACGACACGUAUUCGGCGAACGACGCCAUCGGCAAGAUCUACAUCGACUUGAAUCCGCUGCUCAGCAAAGACUCGCGACAUGUGAUGAGCGGUUGGUUUCCCAUAUACGACACAAUGCAUGGCAUUCGCGGCGAAAUCAAUUGUGUGGUCAAAGUGGCCCUCUUUUCCGACGCCAACCGAUACCGACAGUCUUCGUGCGGAUUCAAGUUCUUCUACUCACCCGCCAUUCCGUUCGGCUACGAGUGCGAAGCUAUUCUCGGCUUUGUCGAGGAAUUGGUGGUCAAUCACGACCCGGAAUAUCAGUGGAUCGAUAAGAUCCGGACCCCUCGAGCCUCCAAUGAGGCCCGACAGGCGCUCUUCUCCAAGAUUUCCGGUGAAGUGCAGCGAAGGAUCGGUAUUAAAGCCAUCGAUUUGGGCGGAAAUGCUGUCGUCAGUUAUCAGCAAUACUUCGAUAUGGAGGGCGAGUCUGGGAUUGUGGUCAGAGGUAUUGGAACUGCAGUUCUGCUCAAUAAAGUGGAAUCCAUUCAUCAUUUGGGGUCUCUUUCCUCUCAAUUCGCAAACUUCUCAGAUCCCGGCCGUAUAGCUCCAAUUGGUGUGGCCUUUCUGUCGAACCUAACCGUUUCAAUAAACCCCAACUGGUCGUCAAACUCUUCCACCCCCUCUCCGCCAGUAAUCCAUAGAACCCCUUCCCCUUCUCCGAGAUUCUCGUCGUCGAUAUUCAAACUGAUCCGUCAGUCAGUGAAAAAGAAACGGCCAGUCAUUGGUCUUUCACUUGAAGCUGAAACUACGCUUCCGGUGACCGAUAAUAAGCCAAUUAAGCCCUUAAAGCGGGUCGCGUCCCAACCCGUCACAGUAACGCUACCCUCGACCUCCUGCGUACCAAACCCUCUCCGUCAUGACUACAGUACCGUUUCGUUGAGUAGGUCUCCAAAUCCUAACGAAGACAAUGCUUUGGUCUCCUCUUCACCGCCCUUAAGAACAACUCCUAUUCCUAUGACGGCGCCUAUAUUGACACCCAAUAAGGCUUUGUCGCCGACAAAAACAAAUCAUUUAGGAGUUUAUGGCCAGCGAAGGCUUUCAGAACCAGAUCUGAGCGGAUCCGCUCCUAAGGGCCACUCAGGACUGAGUAAUUCCAGUGGAAGCGGAAGUUCUGGUCGUAAAUACAUUAUUUCACCCGAAAGUCUUCAUCUUUUAGAAUACCCCUUCAUCACAAUGAAGUCGUUCCCAUCAAACCUUAUCCUCCAUAUCGGAGGAGUUGUUUCCGCCCGUUCUGUCAAACUAUUAGAUCAAAUCAAUAAUCCGGAUGAUCCGGAAACUCGAGACGUUUGGUGGACUGAAUUAAGGAAAGAAAUUCGUUCGCACAACAGAGCGCUGGCCUGUAAUGCAGUCUUGGGUUAUACGGAAUCCACUCAUAUUUGUGAUGAGAUAUGCAUUCUGUCGGCCUCUGGUACGGCCGCUGUCCUCAAAACUGGUGAUUCCGAACACAUCUCUAAUUUGAUGACAAACGCAAACAUUUCUUCCGUGAGUGACAAAAAGGAGACGAUUAUUGAAUGCGAACCAAAUGUUGCGAACAAAGCGCUGAAAGUAGACAUCAAUUUGGCACAAAAUCAUUUGGACGAUAAAAGUAACUGUCAUUUGUGUCACAUUCCAUACUCGGAGACAUCGGUGCCAUUCCCGGCCACUCUAGUCAAGUGCAUGAUUUGCAAGAGAGCCAAAGUGCCGGACGUGCUCUUCAUGACCAUAGAGCCGCCGAAAGCCAUUCCCAUCUUAGGUCACGGGACACUCAUACAGGCGCGCGUCUGUCGCUCCAAAAAGGAGUCAAAGGGUGAACAGUGCGCUAAAGAACUCUCGGAUGGACUUCCGUUCUUGGAAUACGAAUUACAUCGACAACUGUUGAGUAAACUGAAAGUCAAAGGAAUGAACGGUUUGUUCAACAUAUCAGUUCAGGUGUCGUUUGGAGAGAAUAUGUUAAUAGCUGUGGCCACGGGUACCGGUGCCUUCCUUUCACCACUUCUGCCACCAUCGCCACCAAAGAUAUCAUCGGGGAAAGGGAUCCAAUGUUCCAAACUGAAUGAAAUUCAGGGUUUAAUAAUGGAGAGUAUUGCCAGAAACCGAGAACACUAUAAUAUCUUCACUUCUGGUAACAAUAAUUCCGCCCAAAACGGAGUCAACGUUAUUGAAGAUAAAGACGAUGAUAAUGACGACUCCAAUGAUGCUAUUAUGGACAGCAUUUUCAAUCCGAAGAUAGACUUAAACAAUGGAAAUAAAGAGAGUUGUGUUCUCUUGGAAGUGGACGACACCGAAGACGCAGACAUUAUAUCUCUGAUGAUUGACUCAGACGUCCCCAAAGGAUAUGAAGUCUGCAACAGUGAAUGUUUGCCGGGAAUGCAGAGCCAAUUGGUGUGCAAUUUGCAGAUGUUUUCUCAGGUCUAUAGGGCUAAACUCACUUCAAUCAAACAGUUCGGUCAUCAGUUUGAUUGGGUUAUACAGAGUCUUUUUGUCAAAUUUCGUCGACUUAUUCCCUGUUGUCUAACGGAUUUGAAAUUCAGGGUUGAUUUACCGGAAGCAGAUUUGGUACAAAUAACAGUCGUCGGCACUGCCAUUGGUAUCGGCCCUCCUAUGAAGCACAUUAGUAGGAGUAGGAAGCCUACAGAGAGCGGUGACACAGACCUUAUGUUCACAAUGGAUGCGAUCGGCGAACAAAAAAUGAAUGAACAAAAUGUACAAAACAUAUCCCCAACGGGAGCGCCAUAUCAUACUGCAACCAAUGAACACUUUGGUAUUGAGUUGACUCCACUUUCUUAUAUACCGAGCGGUCAAAUCGAUAACUAUUUAGGAAAUCUGGACUUUUUCUUCAUUAGAGAGAGCACUAGCAUCAGAGAAUUCGGUGGUUUGAGUGGAUUUAUUCAUAGCUUUCUGACCGAAGUGUUCGCAAUGGUUCGCUCACAUGUGUCCUCUUUGGGAGGCAAUGCAAUGACAUCCUUUCACAUCACACAACUCCUACUACUCUAUAAUCCACAUAAAAAUCAGGCUCAAUGUCUGGUCAAUGUUGCCGGAGAUGCUGUUAUUGUCCGAUACGAUAGCAAAGAGAAAACUCGAACUAAUAAUUCUUCAGACGAGCCUUUGGGCAGUAAGUGCACGCAGUCUUUACAUCCGAUGUAUUAG